UUUGGCGACUCGUCGCCAUAUGUCUGACUUUGUUUAGCUGAAGUAAAAUUUGGGUUAAAACCCAUUUAUCCAUCCGUUUUCCUCUUUCGGAGAGCGGCAAACGCCUUGUGGGGCGCAACAAUUCCCACGCCAAGGAAAACUGCGCUUUUCAAGGGGCGAGGCCCCGCUUUUUGGGCACUUGUUUUUUUGUGUUAGCGCACAGCUUUUUUUUACUGAGACAUUUGGAUUGUGUCUCUGUUUUUCUCGGUUUGUUUGUGAUCAAGAUGUCGCCGUAAUGGAGUCUCCGCGUUUGACAGAAAUGAAUAAGGGCCUUCGUCGCCUGACCCGCGUUCACAACAACCCGUUGUUCUCCCCAUUUAAUGCUAAAGAGCUCCGAAGCUCUCUCCCCGGAGUUCGGCCUCAAAAUGGAGAAAAACCCAAACGCAAACAACAGCAGCAGCAACACGAAGAUCCCGCCCCGUUCUAGCUCUACAGGCUCGACUCCUACUGACUCUAAAGCCAAAACAGAUGGUAAGAAUAAUGGGGGCUCAAAGCGCUAUAGCCGCAAGCGUGAGCCUACUUUUGCCAAGGCCGAGAGCUUGCCAGGCCCACGUCGCUCCCAGCCACAGAAAAGCAAGAAUUUUGACAAGAGACCCCCUCAGAGAGGUGGCGGAGGGGGGCGACAGUAUGGCCUCGCUGGUGGUGGGAGAAGAGAAGAGGUAGCAGAGAACCGCCGGGCAGAGUUUAGCCCGGCUCAGUUUGCUGGACCCAAAAAGAUAAGUCUGAACCACCUGCUCAACUUUUCGUUUGAGCCACGUGGAGGCCAUUUUGGCUCCGGAGGAGAGGGCCAUUCCUGCUGGGGUCGCCGCAACAAGUGGGGUCACAAACACAAGCCCUUCAACAAGGAGCUUUUCCUACAGGCCAAUUGCCAGUUUGUGGUGAUUGACGAUCAGGACUAUCAAGCACACUUCACUGAUCCGGACACUCUGGUGGACUGGGACUGCGUGCAGCAAGUGCGCAUCUACAGUCACGAGGUGCCGUCUUGUCCGAUCUGCCUGUAUCCCCCUGUGGCGGCCCACAUCACGCGCUGCGGCCACAUCUACUGUUGGCCAUGCAUGUUGCACUACCUCUCUCUGAGUGAGAAGAGUUGGUCCAAGUGCCCCAUUUGCUAUGAGGCCGUGCACAGCGCUGAUCUCAAGAGUGUGGUUGCAAUGGAGACCCGUCAGUACGUGUCUGGUAACGUCAUCACUAUGCGUCUGAUGCGGAGAGAGAAGGGAUCGCUGGUGGCUCUUCCCAGCUCUCAGUGGGUUAAGGUGGAGGAGCCCAUUCAUUUUGAAGAUGUGCAUUUGCGUGCAUACUCUAAGCUGCUGCUGGCGUCUCAGCAGCAGGUUUUGGGUUUGCUGGCUGAAGAGAGGAUGGCUCUCCAAUCCCAGCUCAGCCAAGAGAAAGACGACCCACAAUCCUGUUUCAUACAGAGCGCCUUACUGCAGCUGCAGGAGCGGGAAGAGGGUCUUUUGAAGUGUCGCCGUAAGUAUGGCGGUUCUGUUGAUAUGGCGGACAUGAGGAAACUGUCUCUAUCAGAGCACUUCUCUCCAGAGGUGACUGUGGUCAAGAACCUCACUAACUCCAAGUGUGUCCCUCCACAGCCCAUCGUUCAGUAUGCCUCAGCUUUUGAUGAUGAGCUUCAGGAGGCUCAUGAGGAGCCAGUGGAAGAGAUGACCGCUCCGAGUGUUCCCGAGGGGGCUGAAAGGAUGCCUGAAGGGGCUCUGGAAGACAAACCUGUAGAAGAGACCCCUCAGACCAGUCAGACUGCUCAUCAUGGCCCAUAUUACUACUUCUAUCAAGCUGAGGAUGGUCAGCAGAUGUUUCUGCACCCGGUGAACGUGCGCUGUCUGCUGAGAGAGUACGGGAGCCUGGAGAAAAGCCCUCAGUCUAUCACCGCUACCGUAGUGGAGAUUGAUGGACAAACGGUCUCUGAGGAUAUUCGCCGUCGGCAUCGGUACCUCUCUCACCUGCCCCUCACGUGCGAGUUCAGCCUGUGUGAGCUUAAUCUUCAGCCACCCGUUCUCUCUAAAGAGACCCUGGACAGCUUCGCAGAUGACUUGGAGAAACGGAAGCGCCUGAGACAGAAGAAAGCAAGGGAUGAAAAGAGAAGGGAGAAGAGGAUUGAGAUGGAGGAAAACAGGAAACAGGGGAAAUAUCCAGAGGUGCACAUUGGGCUGGAGAACCUCCAGCAUUUUCCUGCGUUUGGAUCUCCUCCUCAGAGCGGCUCAGGGAUGCACAUCCCAGAGUUCCUGCUGGGACCCCCGUCCCCUCUGAGCACCAGCCCUUUAUCAGAUGGAGUGAUGUUCCCUAAUCUGAGUGAGCACAGUCCAUCUUUGAGUGUCGCCAGUGUGGAAGAGGACUCUCACUGCAUGUCCUUCGCUCAGAUGCUGAAAGAUGGGAAAGCUCGUGUGGAUGCCGGGCCAAAAAGCAUCCCAAAGAAAGCAGACAUGUUCCUGGCCCCUCCUAUGGCAGACAGUGAUGGAGAGAGUGACGGCUCGGAUCGGGUUCCAGUACCCAGUUUCCAAAACUCCUUCAGUCAGGCCUUCGAGCAGGCUUUGUCUCAGCUGGACAAUGGAAAUCAAGGCCCAGCACAGGCUUUACCCAUCCCUGAUGAGAAAGGGGGGAAGAAGAAAAAGAAAAAGCAGAAGCUUCUGUUCAGCACCUCUAUGGUUCACACCAAGUAAACACUGAGGUUCACCCUUCACUCCUGUCACUUUCCUGCCUUAUUCCUCCCAUUUGCUUCGGUUUCAUUAUAUCCCGCAAUAGCAGCUUCCCUCCUUUCAUGCCCCAGUUGAACGAGACCCUCUCCAGACGUUCAGUGACCAGCAGGAAGUUCAAUAGCAGCAGUGAUUGUACUCGCCAUUGACUCAGUAUUAUAGAUCAGUCUCACAGAAGAGACUUACUGGAACAACAGACUCCUGUAACUUCAGCAUAUGUGUCUCCUAUCAGCAUUUAAAGAGCUUUAGAUCAGUUCUAUUUGACAUGGCGCUGUAGUUCAGUGCCGAUUCUCCAUUAUUGUCCAGAAAGUGGAUCUGGUUGUUGGUUAUGGGUUGCAGUGAUGUAUUUCGGGGGGUCCUGAGGUAGCAGUCAGCCAGCUGUAGAGACGUCCUGCCCCCCCUUCAUCAUAUCUGUGACACCCUUACACUUCAACCUUCAUGAUUUAAAUCUGGGAAUAAACCCUAGCAAUGCUAACAGCAGAAAAAAAGAGGAACCUGAAGUGAGGAUUAUAUGCAUUUGAGUUAUUCCUCAAAAUAUGCUGAUUGGAACACGUUCAUGCUUGGUUGUUUACACAACAUCACACAUUUUUGUCCCUGCUAUUAUUGUGAACUUCAGUUUGUAUUUAACUUACCAGCUGUUAUUUGUCUAUCCUGAGAACUGCCUUUCAAAAUCAGACACAUUAGUACAUGAACAUGCAAAUGAGAAAUCAUCUCUUUUUUCUGCUGGAAUUGCUGAGAAUUUAGUGGGUCUUUUUAAGCACUUGACUAUUAGAACGUCCAACUAUUAGACGGGGUUCAGAGCUGCUCAUGUUCUCUAGAUGUCACUGCUUGCUGUGUGUUGAGUGAACAGAAUAUGUAAAGACAAAGAGAGGCUAUAUCUAAUUUUGUAGAGGGUUACAUUUUUCCUCUAUUUUCUUUUCUUUUUUUUUUCUGAUGAAACCUGUGGUAAAGAACCAUAUGCAUACUGAUUAAGUUGAAUGAAUAAAGGAUUCUUAUGCACUGGUA